AUGAGAAGUGUAAAUAUUAUACAACUACUGGGUGUUGCUGCCUUGUUGGUAGCAUUGAGCGUCAUGGCUGUCAGUGCUGAUACCUACAAGCCUCCACAACAUUGUUACAAGAAGUGUACUCACUACAAGUAUCUCAAAGGAAAGUGUGUUGAUUAUGAAUGGAGAGGAACCAAGAAGGAAUGCUGUAAAUGGAAGACUGUUGGUAAAGGAAAGUGUGAUUUGUAUAAGAGAAAAUACAAGUGCGACAAAUACAGCAAGUCAAGAUAUCUCUGUCUCGGCCACGGUUACAAACAAGUCUGCGACAAGGUCACCCAACAUAAAUUCUGUAAAAAGUUCUACUGGAAAGGAGGAUGCAAGAAGAAGGGAUACAAUCACAAGUGCGAUCAAUACGCUUAUCACUUCUUGUGUACCAAAUACGAUACUUCAUCCAGAUGUACUGUCUUUACCUACAUUCCAAAGAUCAAAUACUACUACAAGACAAGAUGCAACCGUUAUGCCGUUCAUCAAUAUUGUGCCAAGUACAAGACCAUCACCAAGACCAUUCCAAAGUGGAAGAAGGUUUCCAGAACACACUAUUUGGGAUGGACUGAUGUCUAUUAUCAUCAAUAUUUGAACUACAAGAAGUAUCAAAUUUGUGUCGUUUAUGCCAAGAAGAAAUAUUGCACUGGUCGUCAAAAUGUUCGUUUCGUUAAGAAGGUUUCCUAUGAAAGAAAAUGUAUCAAGGCUGUUACUCGUAAAUACUGUGUGGCCAAGAAGAGAGUUCGUUUCUGUACCAAGUGGUCUCCAACCAAAUACUGUAAGAAGAAUGUCAAGUUCAGAGUUUGUAGGCACAAAAAGACUCAAAGUUUCUGUUGCAAGUACAAGGCUGUUCCAUUCUGUACUCAAUAUAAGAAGAUCAAACCAAGAUGUAUCAAGAGAUCCUUCAAGAGAUAUUGUGCUCAUUAUUCUAACGGACACAAAAUCUGUAAGAAGUAUCAAUUUGUUGGAGGAAAGAAGUAUUGUCGUAAGAGAGCUAAGAGAUCAGUCUGUGACUCUUACAAGACAAUCUGUACCAAGAUUGAUACUUACAAGCCAGCAAUUGAUUCUUAUAAGCCAACAAUUGAUUCUUACAAGCCAAAGAUUGAUUCUUAUAAGCCGUAA